AUGAUGCUGAAAACUACGGAAAUCAAUACCUAUUUUGUUGAUCCAAAAUCAUCGCAGCUCUAUCGACCUGGAGAAAAAUAUGGCCAACUACAUGUAAAGAUCAAAGGUGGAGGCGUGCAACCAGAAGGAAUGCAUGCUACUAGGAAACGGAUGCAAACAUUGGACACGAUGCUUCAUUCAAUGGCGAACUCCAAAUUUCAAACACCCCCUGUAACUCUAUGGACAACACUGUACGGAAAGGUAGGAUUGUCGAGUAACCCUCGGUGGUCCAGAAAAGAGCAGAAAACACAGAUGCAUGAGAAGAUUGUAACGGAAAAAGCGAUGAAGGUUCAUCAUAAAAGACAUAGGGACAUUCUGAAUUUCAUUAACGACUUACGUAACGAUCCAGAGAAUAGAGUUCGACCUAUUCAAGAAAUGCCAUUAGAACUUGUGACCCAAUGUUUUCUCGUUCGAUCUCAAGAAAAAUCGUACCAAUAUGCAUUUCGAGCCACCGGUGAGCCAGUGUAUCUUGAUUCACUAGAAUAUGUUGUCCUACUCGACAUGAUAUGCUUAUGUAUGAUGAUUGGGAUCGGUCAACUGCUCAUGUGCUUGCACCUAACAGGUUUGAGUAAUAUGAAAAUACGUAUUGCCAUGUUAUUUAUCCUAAGCAUAUUGUUUACAAUGGUCAUGCUGGCUUGGUCAUGGUGGACUGCAACAGGUCAGGAAACUGUCCCCAACUCGAAUCGAUUAAGGCGAAUUUGGNUUUGGUUAUUUUUGUCGCAUCCAGCCUCGAGAGAGCUCAUUUUCAUGUUUACUGCAUCCAUCCCAUGCGCUCAGACAAUCCUUAUAGCGCUUUGGGAAUCUAAACAGUCCCACUCUUCGAACUGGUCACAAAGUUUUAUAGCGCUCCUUUCCGAUCUGUCAUUGACUAUUCAUGUGGUUCCAUUGUCUUCUCAUCCGCUAGUACGUCUCCUCAAUUGCAUUCUUUGCGUCAUCGCUAUCGAUCGAACUCAGGUCUAUAUUCACAAUUCUGUAACUUCUAUUUGCAUUGAGGGUGAAACAGAACUGAAACAGUUCAACUACAGACUAUUCACAGUUCAUGGGAUUGUGGGCUGCAUGUUGUUAUAUUCACUUUGUCGCUUGAAUCAACAUGGCUGUCGACUCUGUUUCUACGUGUCCGGUCAAGCUAAAACAUGUCGUCUUAAGGCCAAACAAGCCCAAGAGGAAGCACAAGACCUGUUGUACAAUAUUAUCCCAAAAUAUGUACUAGAACGUAUGAUUAUGGAGCAUCACCAGUCAGGCAUAGGUUCCACAUAUGCAGUAUCUAUGCCUAAUAUAGGAAUUGCUUUUGCCUGUAUCUCGAACUUCUUUUCCACCUAUUAUCGUGAAGACUAUAAGGGUGGAGAGGCAGCAUUGAAAUUACUGAACGCAAUCAUUUGCUCGUUUGAUCGAUUACUCAGUCGACCAUUAUUUUCCGCGGUGGAGAAAAUCAAAACGAUCAACGAUUGCUACAUGCUAGCCUCAGGACUGAAACAGGCUGAGACCAAUCCGGACCCGGACAGUCGAGCACAUCUGGUCUCAUUGAUGGAUUUCUGUUUUAUGCUUUUAGACACACUGAAUGAGUUCAACGCGAACUACAUCAUCGGACCGCAACAAUUUGUCCUCAAAGUGGGCUACAAUAUCGGUCCGGUGACAGCUGGUGUGAUUGGGACAAAAAAGCCCAUGUACGAUGUGUGGGGUGACACGGUAAAUGUGGCCAGCAGAAUGUAUUCGACCGGAAAACCUGGCAUAGUUCAGGUCCCGGUCAGUGUACGCGACAUGCUGAGAUGCCAUUACGAUUUUCAACAAAUCGGUGAAACAUUUGUAAAAGGCAAAGGAAUGAUGGAAACAUUUUCUUGUACCCAGCGAAAGUAUAUGUGA